AUGUUUCUGUCUCUCCCUCCGCUGAUUAUUCCACUGGUCUCUUCGGGGCUGUUCUCCUCGGCCUCUGUGGAGGAGCACUUCCCGCAGGGCUGCAGGAGCACAGCCAGCCUCUGCUCCUACGGUCUGCUCCUGCCAGUCACCGUCCCCGUGUAUGUGUUCUUCCUCCUUUGGACUCGGAUGGGUAUUAAACUCUUCCCGCAUAAUUAA